GAAUGUUGUGCCAGUCAGGCUCUAAAAGGCCUUACGAGAACAGCUGAGAUUUCGCUGCUCCGCAUGACGCAAAGAUACCGAAAUUGAAAAAUUUCAAAGUCUUUAAGAUAUUAUAUCUCGUGUGUGCGCCGAGCGGGAAAUUAAUAAGCAACAUCAAAAAAAUAUUCAAAAAUAAACCAAGUGUUUUAUUAGUGAAGCCAGCUGAAAUGCUAACAGCAUAUGCAGCUUAAAAGAAAAUAUUAAAUUUAUUUUAACAUAAAGAAAAAGAAUUAUAACGCGGCUGACAAAUAAGAAUCAAAGGAUACAAGUUAAAAGCUAGAGCCGAGGACUCUAUCGAAACCAAAGUGUGAACCGUACCAAGUGCGUACAAAGUGUAUUCCAGCAAUUAUCCCACGUGUUCCGACCCGGCCGCCAAAAUUAUUACGCACAAUUCGCUGAGCGUGUACGGCGGCGGCGUCAUGUGCGCCUCCCCGUCCACGGCUCCCGGCUUCUUCAAUCCGCGCCCGCAAUCCGGCGCGGAGCUGUCGGCCUUCGACAUCGGCCUGUCCCGCUCGAUGGGGCUGGGCGUCCCGCCGCACAGCGCCUGGCACGAGCCGCCGGCCUCCCUCGGCGGUCACCUGCACGCCGCCUCCGCCGGACCGGGCACCACCACCGGCAGCGUGGCGACGGGCGGCGGCGGUACCACUCCGAGCAGCGUGGCCAGCCAGCAGUCGGCGGUGAUCAAACAGGACCUCUCCUGCCCCAGCCUCAAUCAGGCGGGAUCCGGCCAUCAUCCCGGCAUCAAGGAGGAUCUGUCCAGCAGCCUGCCCAGCGCCAAUGGCGGUUCCGCCGGUGGCCAUCACUCCGGUUCCGGAUCGGGCUCCGGUUCGGGCGUCAAUCCCGGACACGGCUCCGACAUGCUGCCACUGAUCAAGGGCCAUGGCCAGGACAUGCUCACCAGCAUCAAGGGACAGCCCACGGGCUGCGGCAGCACCACGCCCAGCUCCCAGGCGAAUAGCUCCCACUCGCAGAGCAGCAACAGUGGAUCCCAGAUCGACAGCAAGCAGAACAUCGAGUGCGUCGUCUGCGGCGACAAGAGUUCCGGCAAGCACUACGGACAAUUUACCUGCGAAGGUUGCAAAUCUUUCUUCAAGCGCUCGGUGCGACGCAAUCUCACCUACUCGUGCCGCGGCAGCAGAAACUGUCCCAUAGAUCAGCAUCAUCGCAAUCAAUGUCAAUAUUGUCGAUUGAAGAAGUGCCUCAAAAUGGGCAUGAGACGCGAAGCUGUCCAACGUGGACGCGUACCACCCACUCAGCCCGGUCUGGCCGGCAUGCAUGGGCAGUACCAGAUUGCCAACGGGGAUCCCAUGGGCAUUGCCGGCUUUAACGGGCACUCGUACCUCAGUUCCUACAUCUCGCUCCUGCUGCGGGCGGAACCGUAUCCAACUUCGCGAUAUGGCCAGUGCAUGCAACCCAACAACAUUAUGGGCAUCGACAACAUCUGCGAACUGGCCGCCCGACUGCUCUUCUCGGCGGUCGAGUGGGCCAAGAACAUACCCUUCUUCCCGGAGCUGCAGGUGACCGACCAGGUGGCCCUGCUCCGGCUCGUCUGGUCAGAGCUCUUCGUCCUGAACGCCAGCCAGUGCUCCAUGCCGCUCCAUGUGGCGCCACUGUUGGCUGCCGCCGGACUUCAUGCCUCCCCGAUGGCCGCCGAUCGCGUGGUGGCCUUCAUGGACCACAUCCGCAUCUUCCAGGAGCAGGUGGAGAAGCUGAAGGCGCUGCAUGUCGACUCCGCGGAGUACUCCUGCCUCAAGGCGAUCGUGCUCUUCACCACCGGUAAGUUGCUGGACAUUCUGUACAAGGAUGUGCCGGCACUGCUCACCAAGGUUUCAGCACUGCUUGGCAAGGGUUCCACCGCAUCCAAUGACGAUGUCCUGGCUGUGGUGCGUGACCACCUAGACGAACUGAAUCGUCAGGAGCAGGAGUCCCAUGCUCAGCAGCAGGCGCCGCUUCACCUGGCAGCCUUUAUGAAUUGCGUGGCCGGCGUUGAGGCUGCAGUGCAGCAGGCGGAACAGGCUCAGGUACCCACCUCCUCUGCCUCCACUUCCGCCUCUGCUCCCCUUGUUCCCUCCGCCGGCAGUGCGUUCAGCAGCUGCCAGGCCAAGUCCGCCGGCUCCGAGAUGGACCUGCUGGCCAGUUUGUAUGCCCAGGCCCAGGCCACGCCCCCUAGCAGCGGCGGAGGCGAUGGCUCCGGUCACAACAACAGCAGCGGGCUGGGCGCCUCGCUUCCUACUCAAUCGCAAAGCGGUUCGUCCUCCCGCAACCUAACCGCCUCGCCGCUGAGUACUUCGCUGGCAACCGCUCCCGCUCCUGCCUCCGCUCCGGCUCCCGCUCCCGUGCCCACCUCCUCCGUGGCCCAACUCCCUGUGCCCGCUCCCGUCCCAGUGACCUCCUCCGCCUCCUCCUCCUCGCUGGGUGGUGGAGCCUAUCAGACGCCCUCGGCUGCGGCGGCGGCGGCGGCCAUGUUCCACUAUCAGACGCCACCGCGCGCCGCCUUCGGUUCGGCCUUCGAUAUGUUCCACCACAGCACGCCCUUCGGAGUGGGGGUGGGCCACGCCCACGCCCUUGCCCACUCGAGCGGCAGCGGCAGCGCGUCCUUCGGCAGUCCCAGUUACAGGUAUUCGCCCUAUAGCCUGGCCGGUAGUAGAUGGCAGUUGUAGGAUCUCACAGAAAUCGCAGCCCCCUGUAUUGUAAAUGUACUUGUAUCUAUAUCGAUAGCGUUAGGUAGACCUAAACCCUCUGUACAUGUACUUACUUUAGUGCCUAUGGCUAGUUUCUAUCUAUUUAUUGCCUUAAACUAAGCAUAAUUUAUUAUAGUGGUAAUUACAUAGAUUCAAUUAGUGAACUUUUGCCAAAAAAUUUGAUGAAACAAAGGGAGGAGAAAAAAAGAAUCUUAAGAAUAUAUAUAAAGCUGUUGCUGUUAAACAAAAAUCUAAUCCUGGCUUGUGUUUUUACUCGUUAUUGCUUACUAAUGCUUUACACCGCUUGUUGACUAAUUUUUAUUUUAUUUAUUUAUUUCUUUAUUACUCAUUACAAUUGGCUUACUAACAAAUACCUUACUAACCCAAACUAACUUAUGAACUGAUAAAUGCUUCAUCUUUGAAGAUACAAAUCUUUCCAAGUGAGAUCCUACUAGCAGU